AUGCGUAGAACCAUUGAGUCAAACGGCAAUGUGACUGAAAAUGAUUUGAAGAAGAACGACAGAGGUGAUGGAAUUGAGCGAGAAAUUCUGAAGAAUGAGACAGACAGUUUGAUCGAGACAGAGAGGGAAAUACCAGCAAAAGAGACCGUUGUUUCCAACGAAGCAGAAACGAACGAUGUCAGCUCGGGGUUUAAGGCAGAAGAAGCAUGCCGGGACUGGUUGAAAUAUUACAAUCAACCAAAUUUCUUUGAACCCUUCCCCGGUGGUGAAGCUGUUCAAGAAUUCAGAAGAUGGGAGCAAAGCGUACGAAAACAACAACUAAGCCAAGCCCUCAUCCCUCUUAUGGAGGAGAAUGAAGACAGCAAGGGCAAAUCAUCUGAGGUCAAGGACGUCAUGGAAAGUGAUGAUGAAGAGUUGAAUCCGCUCUUGAAACUGAUGCUUCAACCGACAAUUUACAUCUGGGAAAAUUUCGAUGACCAGAAGCCACUGAAGUGGCUCAGUGAGGACAACCAGAAGACUCCAAGUGACGUGAGGGCAGCUGCUGUGUUCUCAGACCCCUGGGGUGGGCCGGGGGAGUGGGGCGAGGCAACAGAACCAGCACAGGAGUGCUCUGCCAAGAAAUUAAAGAGGAAAUGGUUCUCUUGCAAAUCCUUGCGUAAAAGCAGGAAAGAAAAGAAGAGAGCUCCUGGCUUUCUGGCCAGAUUCUUCCGCUGAGGAUUUUUCCACCGUUGGACAGUUUUGAAAAUAAUGUUGGAAUAUUUCCACUUCCU